ACUCCUGCAGCUCUGGGUCAGAGUGUUCCAAAGCAGACACCUCCAUCAGCUGGGCAAGUCCUACAAGGCAGCCUCUGAGGGUCAGGGGAGGAUGUCAUAACAUGUCUAGUAGGAUUUUCACUAGGUGGUCUGUGUUCCCGGGCAGUUGGCAUGCGAAUCACUAUGGGCUUCAGCGUUUGGGUUCAGAGUCAUGAAAGAAUCACCCAGAGGAUGUUUCUGAGCACUGACUGAUGCCUGACCUGGGAACAGGUUGUUUGCUACAUGGAUUUAGUCUCCACCACAAGCCAAUAUUAGUAGUUUUCCCCAUUCUCAUAUUAUAGAUGAAGAAACUGAGACUCAGAGAUUAACUGCCUCUCCUAGAGUCACCUAGCAAGGGAUCUGAACCCAGGAGAGUUGGACUGCUAGGUGGUGCUGCUUCUCAAAGACAGGUCCUAUUUAUUUUUGAACAUUUUAACCUUUAUUUGAAAUAAUUUCAGACUUAGAAAAAAGCAACAAAAGUUGUGUGAAUUUUGUUAUAUACACUUCAUCCCACUUUCCCAAAUGUUAGCAUCUUUUGUAACUACAGUGAAAUGGUAAAAACUAGAAAGUUAACAUUGGCGCAAUGCUAUGAACUGAUCUACAGACUUUCUUCACAUUUCAUCAAUUGUCCCACUAUUUUUUUUUUCUUCAGGAUCCCAUUUAGGGUCCCACCUUAACAAAAGUUUUUAGAAUAGGAAGCUAUUACAGCCUUCUGAGUGCAGGUGAUGGGGUUCAGGACAUACUAUGCCAAAAUGUGGCACCUUGGCGCAUUGAAGAUUUUAAGAUGAAGGAGUUUUAGGAAAUGGUGAAGCAGGAAGGAUACUCUGACCCCCUCCUUAGCCCUCCUUCCUUGAAAAUAAGAGACAAACCUCUCAUGUGAAAGACACCCUCCUGGUACAUGGACAUGGAGGACAUCCUUUUCUCUGGAGACACGGAAUUCAGGGUCAAGAAGCCUGUAUAAACAAGCCUUAUAACUUCUUCACCAUUCAUUACCCCUAGUCUCAACUCCAUUGUCUUGUUAAUUCUUCACACAUUUAUUAUUUCCUUGUCUACAGGGUAUGCAAGCUUCUUGUUCUGGCCACUUCACAUCCUCAUUCUCUUGUGAAGUUUCCCAUGUAUAUAUAAAAGGUCAAUUAAACCAUGUUUUUCUCCUGCUAGUUAAUUCUAAGGCCCAGCCAGAGACCCAAAGAGGGUAGAGGAGAAUUUUUCUUGCUUGACAUAAGUAGCACCUAACCUUCAGGGGGCCACAUGAUUAAUCUGUGAAUAAGGAUCAGGGUUUAUUCCUCCCUCACAGGGAGGCCAAGAUUACCUCACAAAGCUCUGUUGGAGUCACACCAAUAUAGCAAGAGCUGGUGCCAGGGCCUGCAGGCACAGUGGGAUCCAGCAGCCAGAAAUCUGUGGUGAGAAAGGUGGCAGAGCCACCCAGGAGCACCACGGUUUGGUCCUUUGGUCAGAUUAUGGUAGAGCCUUGAAAGACGAGGUUGGGUUCUCAAUCUCCAUUUAACCUGGGAAAGCCCACUUGGCGAAGACUGCUGUAGGAGGGUGAGCGAGUUACAGCCUGGCCCCAGCCCGCCCUGGCAGGUGCAGCAGAUAGGAGAUUUCUGAGGCUGUGAGAUGGGUGUUGGAUGCUGGAGGAAUCCUCUGUUGCUGUUGGCUGCUCUCGUCCUGGCAGCCAGGCUGGGUCACUUUCAAAGGUGGGAAGGCUUCCAGGAGAAGUCCACGAGCGUGAAAAACAUGAAUUCAACCCUCAAGUUCUUCAUUGAAACCUACAACAAUGCUAGCAAUGACACCUACUUAUUUCAAGUUGACAAGCUACUUCGAAGUCAGAUGCAGCUGACGACUGGAGUGGAGUAUAUGGUCACUGUGAAGAUUAGCCGGACCAAAUGUGAGAGGAAUGGCACAAGAAACCAUUCAUGCCCCAUUCAAAACAAAAAAAAGCUGAAAAAGAGUUUCAUUUGUGAUUUUUUGGUGUACACUGUGCCCUGGAUGAACUACUACCAACUCUGGAACAACUCCUGUCUGGAGGCUUGAAUGUAUCGGUGCAAAGAUCUUUGAUGAAAACUUA